GACGUCAGCUUGUGUCUUGUGUGUGUCUUGUGUGUACCCUGGCCUUUACCUGGCUACUCGCCGUGUUGAUGUCGCGUUAAUGUAGUGUUGUAGUUGGACGGGACCUGUUGAGAAAACUGCAAAUUAAGCAAGCAUGGCGUCUGUCAAUGCCCAUGGGGAUCCACCUGGCUACUGGGACGCCUCCUCCCAGCCCUCAGUAGCAUACCCUCCUGCCCAACCAGCGUACCCACAGUCCGGGUACCCUCCUGCCCAACCAGCGAACCCACAGUCCGGGUACCCUCCUGCUCAACCAGCGUACCCACAGUCCGGGUACCCUCCUGCCCAACCAGCGUACCCACAGUCCGGGUACAACCCUGGUCCGUCUUCAUACGGACGAACAACCGUGGUGGUUACCCAGCCGUCCACGAUGAUGUAUUCAGGUCACAUGGGCCCGAAUGCGGCGCGAGUGCAAUGUCCCUAUUGUCAUGCACAAGUUGUCACCUCCACGACCCACCAAGUCGGCACCUGCACCUGGGCAGCAGCAUGCAUCAUUUGCCUUCUCGGAUGCUGGGCUGGAUGUUGCCUGAUUCCUUUCUGUGUGGACAGCACCAAAGACGUCAUCCACCAGUGUCCAAACUGCAAGAACCAAUUGGGUGCCUACCGAAGAUAGGUCCACAAAGGGGUAACUCUAUCCAGAUAUCGACGUAAUGGGAACAAUCCUGUUUAAUCCAUCGUUAAUACUUCAUGGGUUUGUUUUAACGAGUACCCUCCAUAACCGCCAAUGCAUUAUUUAUUGUGACGUCACUAUAUUUUACCAACCAAUCAAGACACACCCUAGUUCUGACGAAUGAGCGCUCAGAUUAUCGGCAAUAUCUAAAGGAUGAAAACCUCCUCGUCGGUCUUGACUGAGAAUGUAAGAACAGGGCAGAGGGAUUUUGGCAAGGGCGGAUCUAGCAUUUUUAAAAGGGAGGGUCCAAAAUAUCAAAAUCUGCUCUGCCUCUCCGUUUGUUAACACAGUAUACGUUAAAGCAAUUCUCACACAAUAAUUCAACCUUUAAUAGUUGUCAUGUCGACAUAUUUGAGACAACCUUUCUCUGAAUGAACAUUUAAUUCCGAAGGCUAAUUACCCUGUAGCCAUGACAUGUCCGGCAUCACUUGAUUGCAAUUAUUUGUAAGCUGCUGCUCCUAAUUGUCCAUCCCCACUGUAUUAUACAUAGACUAUCAGACACCAUGAACCAGAAGUGCAGCUGUCUCGUUUACGUCUUGACCUUAUAUAUAUAAGCCUUGGUCCAGAGACGAAAGCCGUGUGCGACAUGCCCUUGCAGUCGGAAAGCGUACGUGAUAUCUCCAACCUAAGUUAGACGAAAGAUAGGGAGGUCUCACCCUUAGCCUAGCAAGGGUUGGGCUCAGUGCAGGGGGCAUGUUCUUCCCUCUUCUACUGCCCCUCAAAGACUUAUAAGGGACAGAUCGUAUUGUUAUAGUGCAAACCAUUUCAAUACUUUUAUUUAACAUUUCAUUUAUCUAAAUACCUAACUGGUUCAAUAUGUUUCCAAGUGCACCGAAAUUCUAUGCCCUUUGUCUGUUUAAUAUAUUCAGC